AUGUGGACGACCACCAGCGGCUUGAGUGGUCGGUCACUCCGGCUGAGCAUCACCAUCGCCGCUGUCAUGGGUUUCUCGCUCUUCGGCUACAACCAGGGCAUGAUGGCCGGCCUCCUUAACGGUGACGAGUUUGUAAACUCCUUCCCAAUCAUCAGACUGCCCGAGGACGCAACUCCCGCGCAAGAACACUACAUCAAUGUCAUCCGUGGUGCUAUCACAUCUUGCUAUGAGCUUGGCUGUUUCUUUGGCGCCUUGUUCUCCAUGUUCUUCGGUGACAAACUCGGCCGUACUACCCUGAUCUUCAUCGGCGCUAAUGUCCUGAUUGUUGGUGCCUUGAUCACAACGGUCUGCUUCACUGGUAAAUGGGAAGUCGGUCAGUUUGUUAUCGGCCGUGUUGUAUCAGGUAUUGGAAAUGGCAUGAACACGGCCACAAUCCCGGUCUGGCAAUCAGAAUGCUCCGGCGCGCACAACCGUGGCUUCCUGGUCUGUUUUGAAGGUGCUAUGAUUGCUGGUGGCACGUUUAUUGCCUACUGGGUAGUUUUUGGUCUCUCACACGCCGCGGAUACCGUCCAGUGGCGAUUCCCUAUUGCGCUCCAGAUCUUCUUUGCUUUGACUGUGGGUCUCGGUGCCUUGCUGCUCCCGGAUUCUCCCUCGUGGUUUGUAAAUAGAGGACAUGACAAGGAGGCCUGCGAAGUUCUCGCUAAGCUCAAUGGUACCACUCCUGACUCUGAUAAAACACUUCACGACUUCAACGUCUUGAAGACGGACGUGGAAUCCUCAAAGAACUCACAGUCAAGCUGGAAGGCAGUAUUCACCUUCGGAAAGACCCAGGAAUUCCAGCGCCUUCUCAUUGGUUGUUCCGGCCAAUUCUUCCAGCAGUUCACCGGCUGUAACGCCGCUAUUUACUACUCAACGCUACUGUUCCAGGAAAACCUGCAUAUGGAAAAGAACCUAUCUCUUAUCAUGGGCGGAGUGUUCGCUACCGUCUACGCCAUUGCAACCAUCCCAUCUUUCUUCAUGAUUGAAAGAGUUGGCCGUCGCAACCUAUACUUGAUUGGUUUCCUGGGCCAGGGACUCAGCUUUGUCAUCACCUUCGCUUGUUUGAUCAAGGAAAACGAGCAGAACGCUAAGGGUGCUGCCGUUGGAAUCUUCCUCUUCAUCACCUUCUUUGCAUUCACUCUAUUGCCGCUGCCCUGGAUCUACCCGCCCGAGAUCAACCCCCUCCGUACCCGUACUGUCGGUGCGGCGGCGUCGACCUGCACCAACUGGAUCUGCAACUUUGCCGUUGUCAUGUUCACCCCGCUGUUCGCUAGCCAGAGUCCAUGGGGCGUGUACCUCUUCUUUGCCCUGUUCAACUUCCUCGGUUUGAUCUUUGGCUUCUUCUUCUAUGUUGAGACAGCCGGUCGCGAUCUUGAGGAGAUUGACAUCAUCUACGCCAAAGCCCACGUCGAGGGCAAGAUGGCGUGGAGGGUCGCCCAAGACAUGCCCAAGCUCAAUUUCGAGGAGAUGGUCCAGCAGUCUCGUGACCUGGGCUUGGAUACCAACGAUCAUGUCGCACAUGAGAAGAGCGAGCUCGGCCUCGGCAGCGACAGUGGCCAGGAGAUCGAGGAGGUUCGGGAGAAAUAG